AUGUUAGGGAACAUGUUUGCUGCGGGCAUCACGCCCCUCUUUGGCCUAAUCAUUAAGGAUCUGGGAGUCAGCACUGUCAAAGUUUCAAAACUAUCAUCAUAUGCUGUCCUCGCUCUUGGACUUUCGAACGUGUUUGCCGUUGUAGCAUCUAAAUACAUUGGGAAACGAUAUACAAUUCUCGCCUCACUCGCCGUGUUCACUGCCACCAAUGUUUGGACCGUGUACACGACUACCUUUGAUUCAUUACUGGCGACAAGAUUCGUUGGUGGCCUCUGUGGCGGAGUCAUUGAAGCUCUCGGCCCCGAGAUGAUUGUGGAAACCUUUCAUGAGAAACGCCUUGCUUCGGCCAUGGUCGUUUAUGUAGCUUUCAUGGCUGCCGGAUCUGCUCUUGGACCUGUUCUCGCUGGCCUCAUCGGAACGGGGACGGGCAAUUGGCAAUGGUACUUCACCCUCCUGGCGGUUAUUUCCGGGGUUAUUAUGCUGCUUUGCAUUUUGAUGCUACCUGAGACUACCACGAGCUCACUAUCCGUCGGCUAUUGCGACCAGUCUGAGGUACCAGCCUGUAAACAUGAUGCUGAAAUUGCUGAGCAUUCCGAAGUCAUUCCAAACACACACCAAGAGGUUGUUCUUUGGGACGUAUGGGUGUCGAGGUCCUUCAAGGUUCGAAACUCAGACUGGGAUCGGGACCAAAAUGCAUUUCAGUAUUUAUACAUGCCAUUCUUGAUGCUUUCUCAGCCCGCUGUUCUCGUCACCACUAUUGUAUUCGGCCUCACGAUUGGAUGGACCGUUGCUUGCUCUAUUGUCUUUUCCAAUGUCUUCCAAGCGCCACCCAGGUCGUGGAGUGCAAGAGCCGUCGGAUUUUUCAAUAUUGCUCCGUUGGCUGGACUGAUUGCCGGUCUCCCGAUCGGCGGUAUCUUGGCGGACCACCUAUCAACUCGUUCUGCAAAGCGACAUUUGGGAAUCCAUAUCCCAGAAAGCCGACUCCUUUUAGUCACUAUCGGCGGGGUUCUUAGCCCAGCUGGUGUCCUCAUUAUCGGCCUCACCAUGAGCCACAACACUCAUUGGAUCGGACCAGCGAUUGGAUGGGGUUUACUGUCGCUUGGUCUAACUGCCUCUGCAAACAUUCUUCUCACCUAUGCGGUCGACGCUUAUCCCUACAAGGCUGCACAUACAGCGUUACUAGUGAAUGUCAUCAAAAACCUUCUGGCGUUCGGCGUCUCAUUCCAGUCAAUGGAUUGGUACCUACGUGAUGGUCCUCUGAAGCAGUUCGGUGCUAUGGCAGGAGCUCUAUGGGCAAGUUAUUUGCUCGUGGUUCCAUUAUAUUUCUUCGGGGCAAAGAUUCGAGCUCGUUUCCAAUCGUGA